AAAAAUCGAAACAUCAGAACGAUCGAUCAGAAAAUUUCCUGUCGUUGCGUGUUCAUUGGCCAUGAGCUCCGAACUCCGGCGGAAGAGAACCCCUGAAGAGAUCUCCCGAUUCGCCGGCGAUCAUCAUCGGAGUUCGUCUCGACUCUCCCAACAUUAAUCUGGUUUGAAAAACUUGCUAUGAGCAUCUUUUGGCUGAUGAGAAGUUAGAUGAUGACCAGAAGACCAAGCAGCUGUGCUAUAUGUGAAAGUUCGAAUCGGGCUUCAAUCUGUGCAAUCUGUGUCAAUUACAGAUUAAAUGAGUAUAACAUUGGUUUGAAGUCACUAAAGAGUCGGCGGGAUGCUCUGUAUUCAAGACUUGGUGAAGUGCUUGUUGCAAAGGGAAAGGCAGACGAUCAACUCAAUUGGAGGGUGCUUCAGAAUGAGAAACUCUCGAAGUUGCGGGAGAAGCUCCGUGUCAAGAAAGAACAACUAGCACAAGGAAAGGCUCAGGUUGUGAAGGUUUCUAACGAACUGAAAGCAAAAUAUGGAGUGCUUGAAGCUUCCCUCCGCACGUUGGAAAAGAAUCGUGCGGAGCAAUUGGAGAAGUUUUAUCCUAACCUAAUAUGCACACAGACCUUAGGGCAUAUGGCAAUUACCUCUGAGCGUCUUCACAAGCAGUCGGUCAUCAUAAAACAGAUAUGCAAAUUGUUUCCCCAGCGUCGGGUGAAUACGGAUGGUGAAAGGAAUGAUGGGACUACAGGUCAAUAUGAUCAAAUUUGCAAUGCGCGCUUACCUAGAGGACUCGAUCCCCAUUCUGUUCCUAAAGAGGAGCUUGGUGCCUCUCUUGGAUACAUGGUGCAACUUCUGAAUCUUGUUAUUCAGAUUUUGGCUGCUCCAGCACUUCAUAACUCAGGUUUUGCGGGUUCCUGUUCUCGUAUAUGGCAACGAGAUUCUUAUUGGGAUGCUCGCCCCUCCUCCAGAAGCAAUGAAUACCCCCUCUUUAUCCCACGCCAAAAUUACUGUUCCAGCAGUGGAGAAAAUUCGUGGUCUGACAGAAGCUCGAGUAAUUUCGGUGUUACCUCAAUUGAAUCUGAGAGAAAACUGCAGCUAGAUUCUUGCAGGAGUGGUAGCUUUAAUUACUCCUCUGCCUCUCCACAUUCUGUUGAAACACACAAGGAUCUGCAAAGAGGGAUAUCGCUUUUGAAGAAAAGUGUGGCCUGCAUUACAGCAUAUUGUUAUAACUCUCUAUGUUUAGAGGUUCCUUCUGAAGCAUCCACUUUUGAGGCCUUCGCGAAGUUGUUGGCCACUCUGUCUUCAUCUAAAGAAGUUAGAUCAGUCUUUUCUCUGAAGAUGGCUUGUUCAAGGUCCAGCAAGCAAGUUCAACAAUUGAACAAGUCAGUGUGGAAUGUUAAUUCAGUCAUUGCAUCAAGUACUUUGCUGGAAAGUGCUCAUGCACUGCCGAUUAUGAAGAACAUGGGUGAAACGAACCUGCCCAACUCAGCAGCUAGCUUUCUUUAUGCUACCGAUCUAUCCGAUCUGGGAAAGAAUGAGAGCCUUAUUGAUGGAUGGGAUAUUGUGGAGCAUACUCCCUUUCCUCCUCCGCCAUCGCAAACUGAAGAUAUUGAACAUUGGACAAGAGCUAUGUUUACAGAUGCCACAAAGAAUCGAUAGGCAACUAAGACCUUCCCGACUUUUUGCUAGUUAAGGAAGCCCACCGAGACUUCAAACUCAACCGGUGGUGUAUGAACCAGUUGUUUACUUGUCCUGCUUCCCUUGUAAAUAGUGAUUACAGUUCACGUAGGUGUAAAUGUUGGAUGCUACUAGUGCUGUCGAAAUUAUAAGUUUGAUUUCAUCUCUCUCUGGGGAUUACAUAUUAUCAGAGGAGGGUUUUCGGAUGUAUAGAUGCCCCCCAUCAUCUGAAUCUGUCAUCAGACCAAUCGAAUUGAAAAGUAAUGUCGCAGAAAACUUGGUCGUGUUCUCUCAA